CUCAGCCCCGGGUGCGGUUGCUGUGGCAGCGCGGGACGCGGCUAAAGUGGCGACUGCCGGGCCUCCACCUUCUCCUCCUUCUCCAAAUCGCCCUCCUCCACGACCCCAGGCCCCCAGCCCAGCCCGCGGCUCCGCCAUGUCCCGGGGGAGGCGCGGCAGCCGCGUGAGCGCCCUGGAGGGCGGCGGGGAGGAGGCGGCGGCGGCGGCCGCGGGGCCCUCGGUGCCUUGGGCGGUCCCGCAGCAGCCGGCGGCGGCGGCCGAGCAGGUUCUGCUCCGGGGCAUCUUCGAGAUCGGGAGGAGCAGCUGCGACAUGGUGCUGAGCGAGCGGGCUCUGAGGUGGCGGCCCAUUCAGCCCGAGCGCCCCGGGGGCGAUUCCAAGUAUGACUUGCUAUGUAAAGAAGAACGUAUUGAACUCAAGGACAUAUUCUCUGUCAAACUGAAACGGCGUUGUUUUGCUAGUGGACAUGGCACUUUAUUGGGUAUCACACUCUUCAUCUGUUUGAAAAAAGAACAAAAUAAAUUAAAGGAUUCUACACUCGAUCUCAUUAAUUUAAGUGAAGACCACUGCAACAUAUGGUUUCGACAGUUCAAGAAAAUUUUGGCAGGUUUUUCAAACAGACCCAAGUCAUUAAAAAUAUUCCUAAAUCCCCAAAGCCACAAAAAGGAAGCUACACAGAUAUAUUAUGAGAAGGUGGAACCGCUGUUGAAGAUCGCAGGAAUUAAGACUGAUGUAAAAAUAACAGAAUAUGAAGGGCAUGCUCUGUCGCUGCUAAAGGAAUGCGACCUACAGGGAUUUGAUGGCGUCGUCUGUGUUGGUGGAGACGGUUCUGCCAGCGAAGUAGCCCACGCGUUGCUCCUUCGAGCCCAGCAGAGUGCCGGCCUGGAAACAGACCGCAUCCUGACCCCUGCCCGAGCCCAGCUGCCGCUCGGUGUGAUACCGGCAGGCUCUACCAACGUACUGGCACAUUCUCUCCAUGGGACCCCUCACGUGGUAACUGCAACUUUGCACAUUAUAAUGGGGCACAUACAACCGGUCGAUGUCUGCACCUUCAGCACCACUGGCAAGCUUCUUCGCUUCGGGUUCUCGGCCAUGUUUGGCUUUGGUGGGAGGACUUUGGCUCUGGCAGAAAAACAUCGAUGGAUGUCCCCUACCCAACGGAGGGAUUUUGCUGUAAUUAAGGCACUGGCAAAACUUAAGCCAGAGGACUGUGAAAUAUCAUUUUUACCAUUUAACAGCUCUCCAGAUUUACAAGAAAGGAGGGCACAGAAAUCUCCCAAAUCUGACUGCAAUGACCAGUGGCAAAUGAUCCAGGGUCAGUUCUUGAACGUCAGCAUUAUGGCAAUUCCUUGCCUGUGUUCAGUGGCACCUAGAGGCUUGGCACCUGAUACCAGAUUAAAUAAUGGAAGUAUGGCUCUUAUAAUUGCACGGAAUACUUCUCGACCGGAAUUUAUAAAACACCUGAAAAGAUACGCCAGUGUUAAAAAUCAGUUCAAUUUUCCAUUCGUUGAGACUUACACUGUUGAAGAAGUAAAAGUUUAUCCAAGGAAUAAAACAAGUGCACACAGUCUAGAGGAGGAGGAUCAACCACAUGAAACUGCUUCAGAAAACAGUUUCCCCUGGAAUGUAGAUGGCGAUUUAAUGGAAGUUACAUCAGAGGUCCACGUUAAAUUACACCCAAGACUUAUCAAUCUUUAUGGUGAAAGCAUGGAAGAAAUGAAUGAUUCCAAAGUAACAUGUAAUUGUUUAUAACAAAAACAUAUGAACUAAAAUCUUAAUAGGAAUGGACAUAUUUUAAACAGAUAUCCUAACAGGAAAAAAAAAAAUCUU